UCCGGUGUUUCGUUUCUUAUUCAUAUUAAUGUUGUGCUUGUGUUCUGUUGUUUGUCUGGUCCAUCAAUCCAUCAAUUUUUCUGGACACUUCUAGACUAUUCUACAUUAAAUAACUGUAAUAAAUUAUAUAUUUUGAUUAAAUUUGUUUUUCAGUUAAUACAAGGUAAAUAUUUUAAUUAUAAUCCCUAUGGUUUUUUUUUAAUAUAAUAAUACCUAUAACCUAUACUCUUAAAUUUUUUUCUAGACUACCAAACCUGGGUAUGGACAGGAAAAAGUCUAUUUGUGCUUUGUGGGCACUGUUUUUUUUAGUGAGUCCAAUUGUUGCUGCUAAGGAUGCAGGAAAAUCUAAAGAUGAUCUUGGUACUGUAAUAGGAAUUGAUUUAGGAACGACAUAUUCUUGGUAAUUAUAUUUUAAAAUUAAUUUCUUAGAAUAACAUAAUAUUUUUCAUUGUUGGUACUAAAAAAAUGUUUAUUUUUAACUGUAUUUUACAUGGAUAGUUGAAUUAGUUAAUAUAUUAAAAAGAUAUAUUUUGUUCACAAUAUUCUAAAAAAAAUGUACUAACUUCUACAAAUUAUUAACUUAAAAUAAUUAGUAAUCUUUUAAAUUAAAUAUAUCAGUUUCAAUUUUAAUAAUUAACAAAAAUGUUUGAAUAUUAUUAACAUUAUUUUAUCUAUAGAAACAAUAAAUGUACUUAACCUGAAAAAAAUAGUGACAUCAUCAAAAAUAUUGUACAGGUGGCAUUACUUAACCAAUAAGGUUUUAACUUAUAAUUUUAAAAACAUUAAUUAAUUAAUGUUAAUUUAUAAAUUCUUAAACUUAUUACUUUUAUGUAAUCUAAAUCACUGGUGCCUAAUAUUUUUCAUAUAUUAUUUAAUAAUUUAUAUGUAUAAAUUAUUUUAACAUAUAUAUAUAAAGUGUAAAAUAUUAUAAUAUUUUUACAUAGUUUGAGUUUAAUGUAGGUAAAAAACAUUCUUCUUCCAGAAAUUUAUCUCUAGUUUCCUCUACCCAACGAUAACUCUUUCCAAUCCAUCCCUGGUUUCACUUUACCUACGUCUUCUUUGACUCUAUCUUCCCAUCUUAAUCUUAGCCUUCCCAGUGGAUGUUUUCCAUAUGGCGCAUUCUCUUGUUCUAUUCUUAUCAAUGAUCCCUCUACUUUAAGAGUGAAAUGCCCACAUUAGCCUUCUUUUAAUGAUAUCUUCUGUAAUGGUUGGACUUUGAUAUAGCUACCGCAAUUCCUUAUUAUUUUUACGUAUUCUCCAUUCAUUGGUAAAUUCACCUUUGCACAGUUCAUAGAUUUUCUUCAGAAUUAUCCUUUCAAACACCGAUGAAGCAUUUUUGUCUUUUUUCCUUAAGGUUCAAGUUUCUGAUCCAUAUGUUACAACUAGCUUGAUAACAGUGGUAUAUUUGAGUUUUUAGAUUUCUUGAAAUUAAUCCAGAUUGUAACAUUUUUGAUAAGCCGAAAUUUCAUUUAUUUUCAGCUUGUAUUCUCGCUCUUAUUUCUAUGCCAAUUUUAUUCUGUUGUAUUAUCAAAGUGCCUCAGUAUUUGAACUCAUGUACUCUUCUGAAUUUUUUAUUUUUUAUUUCUUAGUACUCUUUACUGUGAUCUUCUGAACCGUGUCUUUGUACUACCAUAAAUAUAUUUGGUUUUCUCAGAGAUAAUUUCUAGAUAUACGUUUUGCCGCAUUUCUGAGUUUUUAUUGUUCAUUAAGUUUAUCUUUACUUUCCGUCUUCAAGACUAUGUCAUCCGUGUAAGCUAAAAUUCCAAUGUAAUUUUCCCCUAGUUUGAUUCCUUCCAUAUCUGACAUUACUGCUCUUACUACUUUUUCUAAGGCUAUGUUGAAUAAGUGACAUAGCAUCUCCUAUCUCAGCCUGGUUGUAACUUAAACUGUCUUCGAUAUUGUGUGUCCUAUCUUUACUUUGAUGUCAGUAUAACUAAUGGUGUAUGUUAUUAAGUUAACCAACUUUUGUGGCAUUCUAAAUUCUUCUAAGGUCUUAUUUAGGAAUUACCUAGGUAUUGAAUCAUAGGCUUUUUUGUAAUUGAUAAAUAAUAUACACACUUUUAUUAUAUUCUCAUGUUUUUUGUAACACUUGACUAAUAAUUAUUUAUUUAAAUUAAGAUUCUUCUGUUUAUAGUUUUGAUUGAUUAUAUUGUGAAUUCUAUUUGAAAUGUCAUUUAAUGUUAAAUUUAGAAAAUAUGGUUUUUCUUCUACCUAACUAUUUACUUAAAUAAUAAAUAUAUAAUUUUUAGUGUGGGAGUAUAUAAAAAUGGACGAGUAGAAAUCAUAGCCAAUGACCAAGGUAACAGAAUUACACCAUCAUAUGUUGCGUUCACUAAAGAGGGUGAACGUCUUAUUGGUGAUGCAGCUAAAAAUCAGCUUACUACUAAUCCAGAAAACACUGUAUUUGAUGCUAAAAGAUUAAUUGGACGUGAUUGGUCAGAUACUAAUGUUCAACAUGAUGUUAAAUUCUUCCCAUUUAAAGUAAAUACAUAUUACUUUUAUAAAUUUUGUGUUGCUAGUUAUUAAUUCAAAUUUCCAUUUUAGGUCAUUGAAAAAAAUACUAAACCUCAUAUUCAAGUUGAUACUUCCGAAGGUGUCGCUAAAGUAUUUGCACCUGAAGAAAUUUCUGCUAUGGUAUUAGGAAAAAUGAAAGAAACUGCUGAAGCUUAUUUAGGAAAAACUGUCACACACGCGGUGGUCACUGUACCAGCUUAUUUUAAUGAUGGUCAACGUCAAGCGACAAAAGAUGCUGGAGCUAUUGCUGGUCUAACUGUAAUGAGAAUCAUUAAUGAACCAACUGCAGCAGCUAUUGCUUAUGGUUUAGACAAAAGAGAAGGAGAAAAGAAUGUUCUUGUUUUUGAUUUGGGUGGUGGUACUUUUGAUGUAUCAUUGUUGACAAUUGAUAAUGGUGUAUUUGAGGUAGUGUCUACCAAUGGGGACACGCAUUUGGGUGGUGAAGAUUUCGAUCAGAGGGUAAUGGAUCAUUUCAUCAAAUUGUAUAAGAAGAAGAAGGGUAAAGACAUCAGGAAAGACAAUCGUGCGGUUCAAAAGUUAAGACGUGAAGUUGAAAAAGCAAAGCGUGGUCUUUCUGCCAGCCACCAAGUGCGCAUUGAAAUCGAAAGUUUCUUUGAAGGUGAUGACUUCUCAGAAACAUUAACCCGUGCCAAAUUUGAAGAACUCAACAUGGAUCUAUUUAGGUCCACAAUGAAACCCGUCCAAAAGGUUAUGGAGGAUGCUGAUAUGAACAAAAAGGAUAUUGAUGAAAUUGUAUUAGUUGGCGGUAGUACCAGAAUACCUAAAGUACAACAGCUGGUUAAAGAAUAUUUCAAUGGAAAGGAACCAUCCCGAGGUAUUAAUCCUGAUGAAGCCGUCGCUUAUGGUGCAGCAGUUCAAGCUGGAGUUCUAUCUGGAGAACAAGAUACAGAUGCAAUUAUUCUUUUAGAUGUUAAUCCUUUAACUAUGGGUAUUGAGACUGUUGGUGGAGUAAUGACUAAACUAAUCCCUCGUAACACAGUUAUUCCAACUAAGAAAAGCCAGAUUUUCUCUACUGCUGCAGACAAUCAAAAUACAGUCACUAUUCAAGUUUUUGAAGGUGAACGGCCAAUGACUAAAGAUAAUCAUCUCCUUGGUAAAUUUGAUCUUACUGGAAUACCGCCAGCGCCAAGAGGAGUUCCACAAAUUGAGGUCACGUUUGAAAUUGAUGCCAAUGGUAUUCUGCAAGUAAGUGCGGAAGACAAGGGAACUGGUAACCGAGAAAAAAUUGUUAUCACUAACGAUCAAAACAGAUUAACACCGGAUGAUAUAGAACGUAUGAUUAAAGAAGCUGAAAAGUUUGCUGAUGAUGAUAAGAAAUUAAAAGAACGUGUUGAAUCUCGAAAUGAAUUAGAAUCUUAUGCAUACUCAUUAAAGAACCAAAUUGGUGAUAAGGAAAAAUUAGGUGGAAAGGUAAGCACAAUUUUAAUUUAAUUAUAGUAAUAAUUUAUUAUUAAUUGGUACAUUUUUUUUUUUUUUUUUAUAUAUAUAGUUGUCAGAUGCUGAAAAAACUAAAAUGGAAGAAAUCAUUGAUGCCAAAAUUAAAUGGUUGGAUGAGAAUCAAGAAGCUGACCCAGAACAAUAUAAGCAACAAAAAACUGAACUUGAAAGUGUUGUUAAUCCAAUUAUAUCUAAGUUGUACGCUAGUACUGGUGGUGUUCCUCCUCCGCCCGCUGGUGAUACUGAAGAAAAAGAUGAACUUUAAAAUGAAUGUAUUGAUAAAUUUAUUUAUUGUAUAUAAGACUGCUAAGGUUUUAUUUCCUUUUGGAUUAUGUUAAGCAGUUAGGUUAACAAUUAGCUAAUAUAUUUUUUUCUAUUUUAUUCUUAUUUAUUAUAUAAUUCUUCAUUUUAUAAAUGGUUAGAAUUAUUUGUUUUUGUACAAUAAAUAUCCCAUUUGGUAACAUCAUUUAUAAAACUGAAUUAAAUUUGCUAUACCUUGUUGGUUUAAUUCCGUUCAAAAAAAAUGUGUACAAAAUAUUUUUAACAAAUGCAUUAAUGUCCUUGUGAGAAAAAUGAAUUAAUACAUGUUAAUAUUAAUUACAUUAAACAAUAAUUAUACACUUUUUUAAAUAAAUUUAUUAUGUCAUAUUUAUUGAGAUAUAUCACCUAACCAUUUUAAUUUAUCUACUUAAUUUAUAAUUUAAAAUUUAAACCUAAAAAUAUAAAUAACUUGUUUUGCUCUGGUAGAUACAUUUUCUUAGUCAACGUAUUUUAUUUAUAGUGUAGACAAGCAUAUAAUAGCUUGAGAAAUAUUAUGCUAAGUGCUAAACUUAACACUAAGUUAAGUUGUAUUGAAAACUACUAUAAUCGUACAAAUAUCUGGCCUUAAAUUACACUAUGAGACUCGAUAAGCACAUUUUGGCAAUGUAAACUAAUAAUUUUUAUUUAAUAAUAAUUGACAAUCGCCGCAUAGUAAUUCCUUAUCGCAACAGUAGUUUAUUAAAUAUUAAUUGUUUUCACAUUUAUUUUCUAGAAAUUAAAACUAACUAUUAUUAAAAAUUUAUUUAUUGGAUAUAUAAAUUUAUGAAAAUUUUGUUAAGUGAAUGAAUUGGGGCAUGAAAAUAAACUCUAAAGGUUUUCCUAAUCAAUCUCGCUCUCGAAGACAAACCGAUUUAAAAGUUUAUAUAUAUUAAUAGCUCUAGAAAAAUUUGUGGAACAUGGUGGGUCGCAUUGUAUAAUCUUUGAAAAUAGCCUGAUUUUGGUAGAAAUUGGACAUGUCUUCUUUCUGCAAUUAGUUUUUUAUUUAUUUAUAUAUAUUUACUAACAUUCAGUUAAAAUAUUUUAACUAUAUAACAUAAGUUAAAAUUGUUUGCACAUCUUCAAGCAAAUGCUUGAGUUGAAAGUUUAUAGUCAAUAAUAUAAGUCUAUAUUACUACUAGUUGAUUUAAAAUUAAUCUGUUUAUAAACAGAGAUGAUG